CGGGCCAGAGGACAGAGGACGAGGAGGGGAGGGAGCCACCGGCCGCCGCAGGAGGAGGGGACCGCGGGGUUGCGCUCCCGGCCAGCGGAGGAGAGGGGCGGGGCCGGCGAGCGGCGCGUGCAGGUGCCAGGCUCCCGGGCUCCGUGGGCGCGCGAGCCGCUCCGUGGCCGCCGCUGCCGCUCGGUCGCCGUCCGUCUGCGGGAAGCGGGUUAUGGCGGCGGCGGCAGUGGGAGCUGUGAAUGAGUUCUCCGGCCGGACGACGGAAGAAGAAAGGCUCCGGCGGCGCGAGCCCGGCGCCCGCCCGGCCUCCGCCCCCCGCCGCGGUCCCCGCCCCUGCCGCCGGCCCGGCCCCUGCGCCCGGCUCGCCGCCUAAGCGGAACCUGUUUUACUUCGCGCACCCGCUGGUCGUCGGCUUCGCCCUGCUGCGCCUGCUGGCCUGCCGCCUGGGGCUCCUCUUCGCGUGGCUCUGCCAGCGCUUCUCCCGCGCCCUCAUGGCGGCCAAGAGGAGCUCCGGGACCGCGCCGGCGCCCGCCUCGCCCUCACCCCCGGCGCCCGGACCGGGUGGCGAGGCCGAGAGCGUCCGCGUCUUCCACAAGCAGGCCUUCGAGUACAUCUCCAUUGCCCUACGCAUCGACGAAGAAGAGAAAGCAGGACAGAAGGAACAAGCUGUGGAAUGGUAUAAGAAAGGUAUCGAAGAACUAGAAAAAGGAAUCGCAGUUAUAGUUACAGGCCAAGGUGAACAGUAUGAAAGAGCUAGACGCCUUCAAGCCAAAAUGAUGACGAAUUUAGUUAUGGCCAAGGACCGUUUACAACUUCUAGAGAAGCUGCAACCAGUUUUGCAGUUUUCCAAGUCACAAAUGGACGUCUAUAAUGAGAGUACUAACCUGACAUGCCGCAAUGGACAUCUUCAGUCAGAAAGUGGAGCAGUUCCAAAGAGGAAAGACCCCUUAACACAUGCUAGUAAUUCAUUGCCUCGAUCAAAAACUGUCAUGAAAAGUGGAUCCGCAGGGCUUUCUGGUCACCACAGGGCGCCUAGUUGCAGUGGUUUAUCCAUGGUUUCUGGAGCAAGACCGGGACCUGGUCCUGCAGCUACCACACAUAAGGGUACUCCAAAACCAAAUAGAACCAACAAACUUUCUACACCCACAACUGCAGUUCGGAAAAAGAAAGACUUGAAAAAUUUUAGGAAUGUGGACAGCAAUCUUGCUAACCUCAUAAUGAAUGAAAUCGUUGACAAUGGGACAGCUGUUAAAUUUGAUGAUAUAGCUGGUCAGGAACUGGCAAAACAAGCACUGCAAGAGAUUGUCAUUCUUCCUUCUCUGCGGCCUGAGUUGUUCACAGGGCUCAGAGCUCCUGCUAGAGGCUUGUUACUCUUCGGUCCGCCAGGAAACGGAAAAACAAUGCUGGCUAAAGCAGUAGCUGCAGAAUCUAAUGCCACCUUUUUCAAUAUAAGUGCUGCAAGUUUAACUUCAAAAUAUGUGGGAGAAGGAGAGAAAUUGGUGAGAGCUCUUUUUGCUGUGGCUCGAGAACUUCAACCAUCUAUAAUUUUUAUAGAUGAAGUUGAUAGUCUUUUGUGUGAAAGACGAGAAGGGGAGCACGAUGCUAGUAGACGACUAAAAACAGAAUUUUUAAUAGAAUUUGAUGGGGUGCAGUCUGCUGGAGAUGACAGAGUACUCGUAAUGGGUGCAACUAACAGGCCCCAAGAGCUUGACGAAGCUGUUCUCAGGCGUUUCAUUAAACGGGUAUAUGUGUCGUUACCAAAUGAAGAGACAAGACUACUUCUACUUAAAAACCUGUUAUGUAAACAAGGAAGUCCACUGACCCAAAAAGAACUUGCACAACUUGCUAGAAUGACUGAUGGAUACUCUGGAAGUGAUCUGACAGCUUUGGCCAAGGAUGCAGCCCUGGGUCCAAUCCGAGAACUGAAACCAGAGCAGGUGAAGAAUAUGUCUGCCAGUGAGAUGAGAAAUAUUCGAUUAUCUGACUUCACAGAAUCCUUAAAAAAGAUCAAACGCAGUGUGAGUCCUCAGACCUUAGAAGCAUACAUGCGCUGGAACAAGGACUUUGGAGACACCACUGUUUAAAGGAACGAAUGCCUUCUUAAGCCCGCAGAACACUGAACUGAACAAAAAACAAGAGCUUCAGCUACAGGAACCCAGACUUCGUUUACAGGACCUUUUAGAGUUUUCAUUUUUGUGCACCAAACUUGAAGAGGAACAAGAAGACAGACCUAAAUAAAAUAUGCAAUAUGAAUGGAA